AUGUCCUACAAAAUCGCCUACGACGCUGCCCUUGCGCCGCCGCGUGGGCCGGCCAUUGUUGCUUUCAUGGAGGACUUCUACCGCACCAGUGAUACCGAGUCCCUGCAUGAGAAAUAUGUGCAAAGCUUUACGGAAGAUGCGACUUUGAUCAUGGGCCCGAAGGAGGCCAAGGGUGCUACUGAGAUUCUCCCCCUACGCCAUGGCCUGUGGACGCAUGUGGCCUCGCGCAAGCACACUCCGGCCCGAAUCUUCUUCAGCGGCGAGGACGAGAUCAUGCUCUAUGGUGGUGUGAACUACCGACUAAAGGCUGAUCCUGAGAACGAUGUCUACGUGCCUUGGGCUGGGCGGGUGGUGUUUGCGCCGCGGAAGGAGGGAGAGGGUGUGAAGAUGCAGUUCUAUCAGGUGUACCUGGAUCCGUCGGCGCAGUCGGGUAAGAAAUAA